GCGGCUGAGGGGGGACGGACACACACUCGGCCGGGCACGGUCCCUCAAACACACAUACACACAUACACACACACCUCUUCAUUUUCUCCAGCAUCAACACACACUCAAAGCCAGGGGAGGAAGCAGGAGCCGGUUACAGCAGACGGUUUGAACCAACUCCUGAAGACAGAAAGCAGCUGAGAUUAAAUCCUCAUAGUGUGAAUCCAGACUUCAGUUGCUACGUUGACCGCCCUGAUCGUGUCGUUGAAUCUGGACAAAAGGCUUUCAUCGUGACACACCCAACUAUGGACAGGAACAGGAAGUGGGUGCCGAGCUUCGGAGCAGUGCUAUUGACACUCUUGAGUCACAUGACCUCAGCACUGGAAGUGCCUCUUGAUCCUAAAGUACUGGAAGGAUUGCCACAGCCCCCCACUAUCACGCUACAGUCCCCGAAGGAUUACAUCUUUGAUCCCCGGGAGAACAUCGUCAUCCACUGUGAGGCCAAGGGGAAGCCUCAUCCCAGCUUUUCAUGGACAAGAAAUGGGACCCACUUCGAUGUAGAGAAAGACUCUAAAGUCCUGAUGAAGCCUGGUUCAGGAACUCUGGUCAUUGACAUCAGUGGGGAAAAGGCUGAGGCCUACGAGGGAACGUACCAGUGCACGGCACACAACGAGCACGGCACGGCUGUAUCCAACAGCAUCGUCAUCAGACAGUCCAGGUCCCCCUUGUGGUCGAAGGAGAGAAAUGAAGCCAUUGUGGUGCAGAUGGGGGUCUCCCUGGUGCUGCAGUGCCGACCCCCUGCAGGGCUGCCCCCUCCUGUUAUCUUCUGGAUGGAUAACAACUUCCAGAGGCUACCGCUGGAUAAACGAGUGUCCCAAGCCCUGAAUGGUGACUUGUACUUCUCCAACGUUCUCCCAGAAGACACCAGGAGCGACUACAUCUGCUAUGCCCGCUUCCCUCACACACAAACCAUCCAGCAGAAACAGCCCAUCUCAGUCACCGUGCUGGACAACAGCCCAGAAGGGGAGCGUCGCCCCGGUUUCAUGUUGCCUCUGGGCACCACCAGCACCAAGAUGGUUCUGAGAGGGGAAACUCUGGAGCUUGAAUGCAUCGCUGACGGCUUGCCCACUCCAGAGAUCUCCUGGCAGAAGGAUGGCGGAGAGCUGCCGAACAGCAGGAUGUCCUUUAAUAACUUCAAGAAAACACUCAAGGUUUUGGAUGUGACAGAAGCUGAUGGUGGGGAUUACCGCUGUACAGCCACAAAUAACUUGGGGACUGUACACCACAUUAUCAAGGUCACCGUCAAGGCUUCUCCUUUCUGGGUCAGCGCUCCCAGGAACCUGAUCCUUGCCCCUAAUGAGACUGGCAUCCUGACUUGUCGAGUCAAUGGAGAUCCCAAACCAAUUUCUUGGUUUGUCAAUGGCGUCCCCAUAGAGAAUGUACCUGAGGACCACAGUCGGAAAGUGGAGGAUGACACUGUGAUUCUCAGCAAUGUGCAAUCAGGGUCCAGUGCUGUCUACCAGUGUAAUGCAUCCAAUGAAUUUGGUUACCUUUUGGCCAACGCCUUUGUCAACGUUCUCGCUGAGCCACCAAGGGUGCUCACUCCACCUAACCGCGUGUACCAGGUCAUCACCAACAACCCUGCAUUACUUCACUGUGCCUUUGGCUCACCGAUACCAACCAUCACAUGGUUUAAAGAUAGUCAGACUAGCAUUAAAAGUGGUGACCCUUAUGUGAUCCAUGAGAAUGGUACAUUGGAGAUCCAUGUGGCCCAGCCACUAAACAGUGGAAAGUACACCUGCAUUGCCACCAACAACCUUGGAAUCAAGGAGAAUCAUGUCUACCUGGAGGUUAAAGAGCCGACUCGUAUCCUGAAACAGCCUGAGUACAAGGUGGUGCAGAGAGGAAUGAGUGCUGUGUUUGAAUGUAAAGUCAAACAUGACCCAUCCCUCGUUCCCGUCAUGACCUGGCUCAAAGACAAUGGAGAACUGCCUGAUGAUGAGAGGUUUGUUGUGGACACGGACUUGGAUAGUCUGACCGUCAAAGACGUGACAGAUGGAGAUGAGGGCACCUACACCUGCAUCAUGAACACCACCCUGGACAAGGACUCAGCCAGUGCUAUGCUGACUGUCGUAGAGGCUACUCCUACGCCAGCUAUUGUCUACGAGAAACCCGACCCUCCGACUGACCUGGAACUGACAGACCAGACAGAGAGGAGCGUUCAGCUCACCUGGAUCCCUGGAGACGAACACAACAGUCCCACACAGAAGUUUUUGAUCCAAUACGAAGAUCUGCUCCACCAGCCAGGAAUCUGGAUCAACCUGACCGAAGCUGCCGGUACUAGCACCACAGUGCGGUUAAAUCUUUCUCCAUACGUCUACUACUCAUUCAGAGUCCUGGCUCUGAAUCACGUCGGCUACAGUGAGCCAAGCCAAGCCUCAAGCCAAUACAGGACCAACCCUGCAGCUCCUGAUGAAAAUCCAUCUAAUGUUCAGGGAGCAGGGACAAUGCCUGGCAAUCUAGUCAUCUCCUGGACACCACUGACAGGAUUUCAGGCUAAUGGACCCGGUCUGGAGUACAAAGUUCAGUGGAGACAAAAGGACGUAGAUGAGGACUGGUCCUCAAAAACUGUGGCCAAUGUUUCCCAGUUUAUUGUGUCUGGAACUCCGACCUACGUGCCCUACGAGAUCAAGGUUCAAGCUUUAAAUGAUUAUGGCAACGGGCCAGAGCCUGAAGCAGUGAUGGGAUACUCUGGAGAAGACUUGCCUUUGUCUGCCCCUGACAGUGUGCAGAUUAUAGUGCGCAACAGCACACUUGCAGAAGUGCAUUGGGAGCCUGUUUCUUUCCCCUCAGUCAGAGGAAAACUACAGGGAUACAGGGUAUACUACCGGCGUGAGCGUGGCUUGCAUGAGACAGAGGAGGACACUGAGCAACAGGAACAAGUUCUGACAUUCAGUGGGAAUCGUAGCGAGGGACGCCUGCCAGGCCUCCAGCCUUACAGCCUCUACAACCUCACCAUCAGGGUCCUCAAUAGCAAAGGAGAAGGACCUCCUAGCCAGAGCGAGAAAUUUGCAACACCCGAGGGAGUCCCAGGGCCUCCUUCUUUCCUGAAUGUCAUAAACCCUGGUUUAGACUCUCUCACUCUGGAAUGGGGCCCACCAAUCAACAACAAUGGACGUCUUGCUGGAUACACACUGAAAUACCAACCAGUCAAUAACACCAGUGAACUGGGACCAGUCAAGGUCAUGAACUUCCCUCCCAAUGAGACCACCAUCACCCUGGGCAACCUAAACUCCAGCAUGCUCUACAAGUUUUACUUGAGUGCAAAGACAACCAAGGGCUCAGGCCCCUUCAUCACUGAGGAGGCCUUCACGGUCAUGGACACAAUUCGUACUCAGCCUGUAGAGCCGGGCAAAGGCCCUACAGAGCCCCCUCACCCAACCUCCCCCAUCACUCAGUCUCCGAGUCCCCCGAUUCAUAAGGCGCCACCUGUCGGCCCUGCGUUUGGCACAGUUAACACAUCUGUAUCGGAGGACGGUGCAGUGAUCAGUUGGGAUUACUUUGGACACCAUAAGAAUGUAUAUGUGGAGUAUAUUGUAGAAAACAGUAAAGAGGACUGGAAAAAGGAGUUGGUAAAUGGUUCACACUGGCAUAUGAUUAAAGGUCUAAAGCCGGGGACGUCCUAUAAGGUCCGUGUGGUAGCUAGAGACCCGGCUGACCCGACUGUCCACAGCACAGAUGAAGUGUUGAUUGCAGUGCCAGCUGCCCCCAGCCGGCAGGUGGACAUCGCAACUCAGGGCUGGUUUAUUGGACUAAUGUGUGCCAUCGCUCUCCUCAUCUUAGUACUCCUCAUAGUGUGCUUCAUCAAGAGGAACAAGGGUGGCAAAUAUCCAGUGAAAGAAAAAGAAGAUGCUCACCAAGACCCAGAGAUCCAGCCUAUGAAGGAGGAUGAUGGGACAUUUGGAGAGUACAGUGACACUGAAGACCACAAGCCGCUGAAGGGCAGCCGGACGCCGUCCAAUGGGACGGUGCGCCGCGACGAGAGUGACGACAGCCUGGUGGACUAUGGGGAGGGCGGGGACGGACAGUUCAACGAGGACGGCUCCUUCAUCGGCCAGUACAGCGGCAAGAAAGAGAAAGACACACAUGAAGGCAACGAGAGCUCGGAGGCCCCAUCGCCCGUGAACGCCAUGAACUCGUUCGUCUAACGAAGGGGCCGCGGCCUGGCUGCGACGAUUGCUAUGGCCACUCCAUGUCACCCUGGCAAAUGUGACCAUCUCGGCAUGGUGACAGUUGCUAAGGUGACAGUCGUUGUGGACUUCUACCAUGGUGGCUGUCACUCCGGUGGCCCCCCUCGCCACGGCUACCUGUCACCAAGACUGCUGACACGCCCUCAUCUCCCACACCCACCCUGUCACACUGUGACCCCCUGAUCAACACACACUCAACAUGGCCAAAACACCACAUU